AUGGCCAGAUUGGGGGCUUCACUAUCGGCUGCUGCGAGUUGGCUCGCCGUAUUCGCCUCGUUCACGACAGCUUUUGCUGCGACGGAGACCAUUUACAUCACCGGGCAGGAUAAGGAUGGCAACACCGCAGAGCUCGCCACCAACCGACGUCCCGCCUUGUUCACUGGCGACUUUGGCGACUGCCUUGGAGGACAGAGUCUUUUCAACGUCACCAAAUUCGACGCCGCCUACUAUGCCGACAACAUGACGGUCCAGUUCCAUCUCGAUGGAACAACCAGCAUCCGAAACGAGUCGUUGAUGAAUGGCGAGACAAGAUUCGAGAUGAACUUUAACCCGUGCAUGACCAACAUCGCGAGUCUGUGCCCUUUGAAUGCGAGCGUUCCGAUUACUGCCUUCGCCGAGUUUAGGCUCACGCCAGCUCAGAUCGAUGGCAUUCCCUCCAUCGCCCUCGACAUCCCCGACUUUGAAGGUUCAGCCCGUAUCCAGAUCUUUGCAAACUCGAGCGAGACUCAAAUCGGUUGCUUCCAGGCCGUUAUGCGGAAUGGUAACAGCUUCUCUCAUCCUGCAGCCAUUUCCUCGAUCCUCGGCGUCUUCACUCUGGCCGCAAUCCUUGCUUCAGUUGCAACUGCAAUCUACGGCGUCAGCAUUACUCACAUCAGAACGCAUUACGCCCACUCUCUAUCAGUACUUGUCAUCUUUGAGACUUUCCAGACCGUCUUUUUCUCCGGCGCCCUAUCUGUCGACUGGCCCAGCGUUCUGCCUGCCUGGUGGAGCAACUUUGGAUGGGCUGCGGGCAUGAUAUACAGCAAGCAAAUGGUUGACUCGAUUGACGGAUUUGCCGGAGUGACUGGUAAUGCUAGUCAAGUCGGUGGUGCAGGAUCGACGGUCAUCAACACCGGCGGCGGUAUAGUCCAACAGAUCUACGGGCGCUCAUUUGAUAGUCUCUCGGACACCCCCAUCGAAGUUGCCCCUCUUCCGCAAAUCGCCAAGCUCGCUGUCAGAGAGCUCAACACAAGCAAUCCCUAUGAAUACUACUGGUCCGGCUCUCCGGUAGCCCCUGGAAUGCCUACACCUGGUAAAUGGAUUGGAUUUGCUGGAGAUCUGUCAGCUCUUGGCAUCCCGGCCGCGGAUGCCUUCACCAUCGGUCUCGUCUGGUGGUUGGUAGCAAUCGGCCUUGUUGCUGUGUCCAUUACCGUUCUCAAGUUCUCUCUUGAUGGAAUGGCACGGUUCAAGCUGAUGAACGAGGACCGCUUCUUGUACUUCAGGAAUCAUCUAGGAGGGUACCUGGCGGCUGGUGUUCUGCGAACGCUCCUCGUUGCGUUCUUCUCUCUGAUGACUUUGGCCCUGUUCCAAUUCAACAUACGCGCACCCGCCGGCCCUACCGCUAUUGCGGCCAUCUUCUUUCUCAUACUACUGGUGGGCGUUGGUGGCAUAGCCGCUUAUGCCUGUUUCUUCCGUCUACGCCUCGGAAAGUACGAAAUGGGUCCUGACACGAUCGUCUUUGAGCAAGGCAAGCUACUUAGCUCGGUUCCGGCUGUCGCAGCAACCCGCGCAAGCAACCUCGGGGAGAAGGAAACAACGGCGAAACGAUACGGGUCGAUGCCCUUCUUCAAGAUUCGCUACGUUGAUGACGACCCCAACCGAACGACAGUCCACAAGGACGAGGCGUACAUCAAGCGAUUCGGCUGGCUUGCUGCUCGAUACCGCCGGACGAGAUGGUGGUUUUUCGCGUGUUGGCUCGGCUACCAGUUCAUUCGGGCAUGCUUCGUCGGCGGUGGAGCCCGAAACCCGCUUGCGCAAGUCUUUGGACUUUUCAUCUGGGAGAUCAUCGCUUUCCUGGUGUUUAUCAAACUGAACCCGUUUGAGGGCCAGCGAAACAACUCCCUGGCGAUUUGGAUGCUCGGCAUUGCAAAGGUGGCGACUGCCGGUUUCUCCAUCGCCUUCUUACCCGCCUUUGCUAUUGGUCGCAUCCUAUCGACAGUGUUUGGCAUCAUCAUCAUCGUGGUUCAGGGCUUCCUCGUCGUCGCGGUGUUGGUUUUGAUCGUCCUCGGUUGCAUCUCGUCAUGGAUGUCGCUCAACCGGAACCGCGAGCAGUUCCCCGAGAAGCUGGACGGACUUCGCAUUAGAUACUACGAGCACAUGGCAGCAAAGGCGGACGAUCUCCCUCCGCCCCCGAAACCCGACCCCAGCCAACUUCCCCCUCGGGAGCCCCCACAGCCGUACUUCAACGUAACCAGUGUUCGUCGAGCUCGCAAGAUUGAAGAUGAGCACGAAGCGGGUGAGAUGGAGGACGUCAUUCGGCCUGUGAAUGCAUCGGUUGUUCAGUUUGCACCGGGCACGAAGACCAGAAACCGAGCGAAUAGUGCCAGUUCGCGCUACUCGGUUAACUCCUUGCCGCGCCGUGCCAGAGCAAACUCUCACCGCGCGUCAUGGAGUUCAGCCGAUUUCGCCGAGUGGGAUAAGCAGGUGACCCGUGAGCGGUCUGGCUCACUUACCCACCGCAACGGCCAUCAACGAAAUGGUUCCUUCCGACAGGUGUCUCACUCGGAAUCCCAGCCAGAUCUUGGUCGUGGAUCCAACAACAACACGCCACUUCCGGAGCGGUCAGCGUCAACGAAUGAGCUUCGCCGGAUCAUGACGCCCACCGAAGAGGUUCCGGAGGAGCACAUUAUGACUCCUGGCGCCAUGGUUGCGGACGAAAAGCGCGACAGCAAGUCGGAUGAGUCCACGAUCUCACCAAUCCAUGAGGGAGACGAGGACAAGUAUUUUAAGACGAAGGGGGAUGUUUCGCCCAUCCAAGAGAAGGACCAGAAGGCUUGA